AUGGGCUCCAGCACCAUGGAUCAACAGGCCCACCAUGCCCCGUCGCCGUCCUCGUCGGCCGAUCACCAGAUUCAUAUAAACCAACAGGGCCCUCAGUCGCCGUCCCCCGGCCCCGGCGGCACCGAUGCCUCUUCACCCGCCGGCCUGGGCCUCGCCUUGGACCAACCCCAGCAGCACCUACACCAGCAACACCGCCACCCCUUCUCAGCCGUCCCUGCCGAUUCCUCUGCUCCUUACCCGUCCGCCGCCGCCUUCGAUCCGUCCGCCUCCUUCGGCCACGACCCGCCCUCCUCGGCCGGCACAGACUCCGUCCCCGCGCCGCUGUCCUUCGACUCGCACUCGCAGCCCCAGUCGGCCAACUCGUACCUGUCUUCCAACCUCGGCGACGGCGACUUCUCCCUCUUCCCCUCCUCGGGAGGCCACGGCGACCAGCUCAACCCCCCCCUCUUCGAGCAGUCGAGCCUCAGCCCAAACGACCUCGGCGCCAUGACCUCUCCCCAGUCGCAUCACUCCCCGACGCCUCCAAACUUGCUCCACCUCGAAGGACAUCAGCCCGGCUCGGCCCAACACUCGCCUUCCUACAACCAGCAUCAGUUCUCCUCUCCCCCGGGAGGCCACUCGAGGAACGUCUCCCUCGGCCCCGAGGCUGCUCUCCUAGCCAACCAAAUUGGCGACUGGACCCAGCCCCAGUUCCAGGGACACCGCCGCAGUCCGUCCGAGUACUCAGACGUCUCGUCCGUCGCUCCAUCCCCAAACCUCGUCAGCUCAGAGACCUUUGAAGAUCGCGGCGGCCACUCUCCCCUGCAGCGAGCGUCAGACGGUAAUCUCUACCAGGAAGUCUUGGGCAUCGGAAACUUCAGCAUCGCCGAUUCCAAUCAAUGUCAACACGGCAGGAGCCCAUCUCACAGUCCUGCCAUUAGUCCGCGUAUCCAGCCCCAGCAAACGCCCGACAUGAACAACGCAGCGUACGGCCUUGGGCCUUCGAGCGCCGGGUUCGGGGCAUAUCUGGGCAUGCAACUUGCCGGCGAGUCUUUCCCUGCAAUGCAGCCUUCCUGCGCAGCCGACGUCUCGCAAAUGGCCCCCCCGGCUAUAAACAUCGACUUCGCGCCUAACAAGCCGAGCUCUUUUGAUUUGUCCAAGACACACAUGGACCAAGAUUCCUUGACACCACCGGAUAGAGGCCGGCUCAAGUCCCGCCCUAGUCUCUCGCCGUCUGCCGCGUCUGACUUUGCCACUCGAUCAGAGUCUGCCCGCUCCUUGUCGCCUCUGGACCGACAGGCCGCCUCGUCCCCGCGGGGGAGAAGACAGUCGACGUCGGCAGUCCCGAAUAACAUUAUUGCCCUGCGCCUCGCGGAUCCCGAGUACCAACAUAGCCAAGACGCCGGGGCUACGAAGAGGGUACAGAAGCAUCCCGCAACCUUUCAGUGCACCCUGUGUCCCAAGCGAUUUACCAGGGCAUACAACCUGCGCUCCCAUUUGCGAACCCACACGGAUGAAAGGCCGUUUGUCUGUACCGUAUGCGGCAAAGCCUUUGCCCGGCAGCACGACCGGAAGAGGCACGAGAGCCUGCACUCUGGCGAGAAGAAAUUCGUGUGCAAGGGCGAUCUCAAGGCGGGUGGCCAGUGGGGCUGCGGCCGACGGUUUGCCCGUGCUGAUGCCCUGGGCCGCCAUUUCCGCUCCGAGGCUGGCCGCAUUUGCAUUAAGCCCCUGCUCGACGAGGAGAUGAUUGAACGGCAGCGCCUGUGGCAGGAGCAGCGCAUGCAGCAAAACAUGGCUCAGAACAUGGCGGCCCCCCAACCCAUGGCCAUGGAUGCGCCCACUGGGUAUCCCAUGGAUGCGGGGGGUAAUUACGCGCUGCCGGCAGCACUAUUGGCCCAGUACCCUGCCCUAGCUCAGAUGAACUGGUCGCAAGCCGACGCGGGCGGCGGAAUGGACGACGACUUGAGCGGCCGGUCCUCUUUCGACGCUAGCGACUACGAUGAGGCAGACGAUGGUGGCUAUGCGAGCGGUCCCGGUGCAGCAUUUGGAGAGGGAGGCAUGAAUCAAAACUUUGGCGACAUGGGAUACGGCAGUGACUUUGGCGGUCAAUAA